AUGGCCAGAAUAGAGCAGGAUGAUGAAGUGACGAACUGCUCAGAAGCGUAUCCCAAAAGGUUUCGCUCGUCGUCGCGGCACAGGCAGUUCCGCGACCGCGCCAAGACCCGCGUCGACGAUCUCCAGGAGAUCUUCUCCGGCCUCCAAUCCGCCCGCCAGGAGAGCCGCUCCACCGACGCCGCCGUACUCGAGGAGCAGGUCCACCAGAUGCUCCGAGAGUGGCGGGCCGAGCUCAGCGUCGCCUCUCCCGCCUCCUCCCUCCAGAACUCGCUGGGGAACAGCCAAGGGGCCGCGGAUCCGCCAUCGGAGACGCUGCGGUUGCUGCAGCUGGCUAUUGAGGAGGAGGACGACGCGACCAGCAAGCUGGCGAUCCCUCGUUCAUCUCGUCUGGGCCACGGGCUUGGGCAGGACGACCAGAAUCUCAACGCUGAGCUGCAAGUGCAGGGGGAGAAUGUGGCUGGGGGCGCCCCUGUGACACAGCAGUCACUGGGACAUGAAGUGAUGGGAGAUUUUGGUGGGGAAGUGGCUAAUGUUGCUAAUGCAUUGUUCAAUGAUCAGAGAGCCAUGCGACGCAAGGCGGAGAUGAACCUCGACACGGCAGGUAUUAAACAACCGUCUAAGUCUUUUGUUUCUUUUUCAGAUACUCGUAUUUCUUCUAAUUUGAGUAGCCUAGGGGUUUCCUUGGGUUCUCGGUCUGAUGAGAUUUCUGUUUCGGCUAAUGUGUUGAGACAAACGGAGCUUGACCGUUUAACGGUUGUUCUAAAUGUCUCCACUGGGCCUGAAACGGCAAUUAUAGACGACGAUGAUGAUGAUGACAUCCUAGAUGGUCAAAUUCUCUCGGCUAUAAUUGACAACAUUUCAGAAGUUGAUUUAGAACACGCGGAGCUUAGUUCUGAUUUACAAGCAUCCGAACGUGGUUCUCGAUCAUCGGCUGGAAAGAAAUCUCGUAGGUAUGGCAAGAACUCUAAAUCUAAAAUAGUUUCUCGAUGA